AUGCAAAAGCUCCUUUCACGUCCACUCUCGAGCCCCCCAAAACACUCCUUCUCUUACUUCUUCUCCCACUCUGUCUCCAAAACCACUUACGACCCUCCAUUUUCCCCUAUUUCCAAACCUCCAAAACCCAAACCAAAGCCACCCGACCCAACCCCAAACGGGAACCCGACUCCUAUAAAGUCAAGCCUCCCAUUUGAAUUCAGGCACUCCUACUCUGAAACCGACCCGACACUCGAACCCAUCGGGUUCCGAGAGCCAAAGAGGUUUUCUCCAUUUGGACCUGGAAGGCUCGAUAGGGAAUGGACCGGGACUUCAGCGCCGGUCCGAGAUGAAGUGGAUAGUUGUUUGGUCGAAGAGGAGAGGAUACGGGUUCUUGGUGACCCGCUUACAGAGGAGGAAAUCGAGGAAUUGGUUGAAAAGUAUCGGCAUAGUGAUUGCGCUCGGCAAAUCAAUCUGGGUAAUUCUGUUUUUUUCCCUCUCAAUGUAUGAAUGGAAUUAUACUGAAAACCAUAAAAAAAAAAAGAUGUAAUUAUAGUUCAGAUGUGAGCGUAAAGUACCCUUCUCCUCCCUUUUAAACCAUAGGACCAUAC